AUGUCGCAGCCACAAGAAGCAGAAAAUGACCCAACUACUCAAUCGCAGCUACCACCACCUGUUCCGCCAUUAUACGAUAGACCAAAGUCUACAGUUCUUGCAACGACUUUGACACCGGAACAAGUUGUAAUAUAUGAAGAAUUUCCAGAAAUAUUGUCAAAGAGCAAAGAAGAUUUAGAAGAUCUUAUUAGCAAUAAUGUAUUUUUUGAAACUUUCUUUGAAAGCAUUGAACGAAUUCGUAAUACAAUAGCUGUUCGGGAUGAAAUGCGAAUGGGAAAUGAAAUGUCAGCAAAAGAAACUUUGGCACAAGAAAAUGACCUAAAUCAACUACGGCAACGUGUUCAGGAACAAGAAAAUGAACUCCUUGAACUAAAUUCAACUCUUCAAGAAAAACUCAAACUUCAACAAAAUGCGUUACAGCGCUUUUCACCUUCAGUUUUGUUAACAAAACUUAAAUCCGGUGUUCAACAAUCUGAUGAACUGUCAGAACAAAUGGCAAACUCAUUUUUAAGUGGUGAAUUGGAAACGGAUCAGUUUAUAAAACAUUUUAGAGAAAUAAGAAAAGUUUUUCAUUUAAGAAAUGCAAAGGUAGAAAUUGUUAAAAAUAAACCUGGAAUUUUGGAUGAAAGUUUUUAG